GGGAUGAAGGCCUAUGAUGGCUUGGUUAUACAGAAUGCAUCAGACAUUGCUCGAGAGAAUGAUCGCAUGAGGAAUGAAACAAACCUGGCUUACUUGAAAGAAAAGAGUGAAAAGCGCCGAAAACAAGAAGAAGCAAUAAAACGGUAAAUAUUUUGAUAAAAAGAUGAGUGGUCUGGCAGAGUAAUGAAAAGCAAGGGAUUCAGAUAUGGUAAACAUGCGUAGAGCAGUUGAUUUCUAAGCAGCUUCCUGGCAGAAGCAGCACAGACCGUUGGCCUCUGUCAGGCAUCUAAUGUGUGGUUUACAUUGUGUAGACAUAACUUGAGCAUGUGUGGAGCCUUGAGCAGGUGUGAUUUGUAACAAAAAGUUUGGGUGUUUGGAAUAGAUGUAGGUCUAGUGACAAAUGGGUUGUCAUCCUCUUAGUGCUUUUAGAUGAACAGUUUAUACUUUGUGCAAAAAUGUAUUUGUGUGUGAGCAAGACAGGGAGAGUCUCACAGGUCAAAAUAGACUCUUCUUGAGCUGAUGUUUUAAAUAUGGUAAAUGUUCAAAGUCUGAGGUGUUUUGUUUUUUUUUAAAGUGUCCAUUAUUUACAUUUUCCUUUCAAUUCUGUGAUCUCUGAAGUCAGUAACAAUAUUGCAAUCACUUACAGGAAAAUGGAUCAAGCCCCUGAUGGGCAGAACCCUAUAACAGCUCUUCUUGAACAAUUCCAUUGAUUUUAAUUGACAGUUAAUGAGAGGAGCACUUGCAUGACCUGGCCGCUUGUGCCAAUGGAUAUCAAUGAAAUCUCUGUAGCCUCUUGGAGGGGAAAAAAGGUUGAAUGGAAUAGAUAUAAAUAUUUAUUGCAUACACAUUUGCCAGUACAAAAAAAUUGGUUUUUCUUGAGGUGAAAGUAAAAUUCUGUAAUAGAGGUAAAUCCUCCAUCCAAGUCUUUAACAUUUAGAUGUGAAUGGAUGGCUUGAGCAUAACUGAUAGGAGGUCCUUUGAAUUUUUUCCCCCAGCAUGAAUCUUCUGUAUUUCAGUUUAAGUGAUUAAAUUUUAUGCUAUGUCUUGGGUACAGUACACCCAGGUAUAACAGACAUGCUGUGCUGUGAACGCUCGAGCAACGCCUCGGUAGUCUGAUAAUUUUGAUGGAACAUUAAAAGGAAAAGAGCAGCACACACAGUUUGAGAGAGGAGGGAGAUGAAGGAAUUUAAAGCAAAAAUAUGGCUGCUUUAUGUUCCAUGAAUUGGAACUACUUGGAUUGUCAGUAAUUUCAUUGGAAUGAUAAAAAUAAUGUGAAAUUAAGGUGAAUACAUCCAAUUAGACUGUACUUGGGCUAAUCUGCUUGUAUGUACUUUUUAUAUGUGUGACCAUAAAGGUUACUAAGUACCAGAACAGAUUUUGUUAUGAAUUGGUUUCUUGGAACAUGAGAGAGUAACUUGUGCACCUACCUGCUUUAUAGUCCUCUAGCCAAGCUUCUCUAUGUCAUUUGAAUAGUAGUGACAGUAUUUCCUACCAUGUGGUUGGUUUGUGUGGUUUUGUUCAUUGAUCCUGGCAAAGGGAUUUGAUGAAGAGCUCUGGAGAAGUACAGAUAAUUUAGGGCUGAGCCAAACCAUGAAAUUCUUGCCCACACUCAACUGAGAUCAAUGAGAACAGAAUAUUUAUCCUCAGUCACAGAGCCAGAAGACAGGAGGUAGAGGACCAGCAACACUGUGGGCUUAUUAGAGGAACAGCAUGUAUUUGUAUGUGGUUUGGAGAUUCAACAUUUCCUCAAUACAGUGCUCUUCUGUGGGAAACUGUUUGCAGUGAUCCCCUCUGAUCCCUCCCUGUAGGCACACAGUUUGUGGUGAUUGGGAAGGGGCUGGGCUGAGCCUCAUCCCCAGUGGGCAGAGCUGUGAGCAGCAGGUGAGCAGCACUGACAGCAAUGAGCCAUGGAGUGCCCAGGGGCACUGAGCAACCACCAAAGGAACAGAGGGCACACAGGGGCAAUGAAGGUACAAAAGGUUGGGCUAAAGAACAAGAAGGGCAGAUGCUUGCAGCCUUCUGGUGUUGUAAGGCGUUAUGCUGCAUGGGCAGACACCUGAGAUCUCCUGAAGUGGUAAGGUGUUACUCUGUAUGGGCAAAUGCUUAAAGCUUUCUGAAAUUGUGUGGUGAUAUUCUGUGUGUUGUGGCCAUCUGGGGCAUGUGCUGUGACACCUCCCCACUUGGAUUAUCUCAAUAACACUGAGGGGGGAACAAUAUCUGCCUGAGGAAACAAAGUAGGAAAACACCUCAGGAAAUCAUGAAAAGCAUUUUCUUUAAGUCUUUUUUGCUUUCUCCCUUGUAAACUUGGAGAGGUAAAAAAAGAUACUUGAGAUCAACCUUUGGUUGGAAAAACUAAAAGCAAUGGCAAACCAAGGGAAAAUACAUUAUUUGAUCAAAGAAACCAUGAUGUCUGAAGUCACUUAGGCUGAUUGCAAUUGAGUUGGCUCCCUCUAGUAACCUCCAGAGAGUCAUCCAAGACCGUGUUGUCUAUGAAAUGUAGCAGUCAGGAAAGGUAAAGUAGGAUCAGUGAUUUCUCUUUUGUUCUGUACUAUAUUCUUUAUGUCUUUACCUUGUCUCGGUGGAUAUUUAUAUUAUCCCUAAUUCCUGAGCGUGUGGCCUAGAUAGCAAGUGGUGCACAUGUGCAGUGGUAACUGCUACCAAUCUGGAGACUCCCAAUAGCUGAAAACAUUCUCCUUAGCAACAAGGGAGGCAUCCCCUGGGAUUAACUGCAGGUAGAUUUUUGGGGAAGAGAGGAGGUUCCCACAAAUACUCUUCUUUUGCAUGUGAGAAUCAGAAUAAAGCAGCCAGAAGCCUUUGGCACCUACAGAGAAUUACCUGCUAGUCCAAUUAUUGAAUUAUGUAGAAGCUAUUCAAUUUUAGUGUUCACAUGGCCUCUAUUAGAAGAAGGCUGUUUGUGUAUAUUAACAAGAUAAUAAUGAGUAAUAUAUUGUCUAAUAAAGUGGUGGUAUUCACACACAACACUACUUAGAAGCAGCUGUUAUUUACCUAAAUCAUCUCAUAACUAUGCUGAAUGACUAAAGUUCAUUGAAAUGCAUUAGUCUGAGCAGUUCGGAAACAAGAUCUGAAAAAUGACCUUAAAAAUGUUUGAUUGUACAUUUUGCUUUCCAAAGGAUACAUUGGGCUGUGUUUCUUCAGUAGCACUGAUGUACCUUCAGUGGGAUUGCUGUCUCAUGGUGUCUGGCUCUGAUAGGUUAAUUGUGGGGAAAAAUGUAUGGAUCCACUGUACAUUGAGGGAGAUAAACACAGCAGCAUAUUGGAUUGGGAAAAACAACAGCAACUAGUCUUUGUCUAAUCUUGCUGGGCUGAGUCAGCUGAUCUGAUCUGAAUUUCUGACCUAAUUUUAGUAUGGUUCUUAGCGCUCAUGCGGAGAAAAUAAGGUUAAUGUGCUGAUUAGCAGCUGAGAGUAAGGCACAAUAAAUACGUGUGUAUAUAGGACCUAAUGUAUAGAUGAUUUUUCUUCCAUCAUUUAUUCAUCUGGUCUAAUUACAUGAUCAUUGUCUAUUCAGGGAGCUGUUUCCAGAUUAAGAGAAGGUACUGGCAUUUUGCCCACAGAGCCUAUAAAUUGUAAAUAAAGUUAUGGAACAGUAUCAUUUCCACUGGCAAUACCAUGGGAGGUACAUUUGCCAUGAUACAAUGUCAGCUGUAAGCAGCAUUUCUGGGGAUAGAAGGUAGAUUUGCCUCAGCUAUUGUGGGUGCCAGGAAAAAGGCGAGUAUUUGGAAUUUAUAUAGGGCAUCUGUUGGAAUUAGCAAUUGCUUUCUGAGUCACCCAUAACUGACAUGCACAUAUUUAGAUACUUCAUUAUUGUUUUGUGUGGAUCCUUCACCAAUGUUUUUCCUUUUUAAUUGAACAAAUAUAAAAGCUUGGUAAGAAACAAAUAAUGAACCCUCCUCCUCUGAAGACUCGGCUAUGUUGCAUAAAUCAGAGUGCAUGCUUUCAAAGGUCUGGCUUCUAUUUUUUGUGCAUCAUUCAAAUUAUUGUCAGGGAAGUAAUUUUCACUUGUAACACUGUGAAGAUGUGACUACUCUACUUUAAAGCUGGUGGUGUCAAUGGGCAUGAAUUUCUGCCUGCCAAAUCCUCGACUUAGUCAUCAAAAUAUUUACUUCUAAUGGUUUCCCUUACUUGUAGCUUGUUCCCAGGACCUAAAUGGCUGUAUGGAAAGCCUUGCUUGUGCUUGUAUCCAGACAGAUGCUGUCAAGAGGAGGAGCUUUUAGGAGCACUGUUGUGUGCUAAAGCUAGCAGAAAUGGGCCAGCCAGCCAGUGGCAGAGUUAAGCUCUUGUAGUAAAGAAGGAAUUGUAAUGAACAGCUGUCAACAUAACCUCUUCUUUCUUUGGCAAGCCAAGUACUGAAGACUAACCCAUCAGCAAAACAUAGGUGGAGAAGUAGCAAGAGGAAAUGAAGGCAGCUACGUGGGGAAACACUUCCGCAUGGGAUUUAUGACAAUGCCUGCUCCUCAGGACAGACUGCCACACCCCUGCUCCAGUGGCUUCACUGUCAGAUCCCAGUCUCUUCAUUCAGUUGGAGGAACUGAUGAUGAAAGCAGCAGCUCUCGAAAGCAGCCGCCUCCAAAACCGAAGCGAGACCCCAACACCAAACUGAGCACCUCAUCUGAAACUGUCAACACUGGAACUACGAGCAAAAGUGGGAAACUACCAGACAGGACUGAAGUGUCAGCCAAACCAAGACCUCACAGUGAUGAGUACACAAAGAAGAUUCCACCUCCUAAGCCGAAACGUAACCCAAACACUCAGCUAAGCACAUCUUUUGAUGAAACAUAUAUCAAAAAGCAUGGCCCUAUGAAGACAACCCUCACUAGGGAUGCCUCGCUCUCACAGGUCAGCAGUCCUGCUCCAGACACAGAAGAAGAGGAGCCUGUUUAUAUUGAAAUGGUUGGGAAUAUUCUCAGAGACUUCAAAAAAGAUGAGGAUGACCAAAGCGAAGCAGUCUAUGAGGAGAUGAAAUACCCUAUAUUUGAUGAUGUAGGCCAAGACUCAAAAUGUCAAUGUGAAUAUGACCAUCACACUUGUUCUUCUCAGUGUGCUACUCCCACAGUGCCUGACCUAGAUUUCACCAAGUCUGCAGUGCCAUCUACUCCCAAGGGCUUGCUUUGUGACAUACCCCCGCCAUUUCCAAACCUGCUUUCUCACAGACCUCCACUGCUGGUGUUCCCACCAGCACCAGUGCAGUGUUCCCCGAAUUCUGACGAGUCUCCUCUAACUCCACUAGAGGUCACAAAGCUUCCCGUCCUAGAAAAUGUGUCUUACAUCAAACAGCAAACUGGAGCUUCUCCUUCUUCACUGCCACCUCAUACACCAGGCCAUCAAAAACUGGAGAAAGACCAGACAGUAUCUCAUGGAACUAGCACCCCUGGGCACACCUCCUCACCUCCUCAUCCUUCUACCUUAUACAGAACGCAGUCUCCACAUGGUUAUCCUAAAAGUCACUCUGCCUCACCUUCUCCUGUCAGUAUGGGUAGGUCUCUUACUCCCUUAAGCCUCAAAAGACCUCCACCUUAUGACUCUGUACAUUCAGGAAGUCUCUCAAGAAGCUCUCCAUCAGUGCCUCAUUCUACAGCCAGAAACACAUUGCAAGAAGGAGGGAAGAUGGUCAGUGUGUCAGUCAGCACCUACGGGUCAUCAUCUCAGAGCAGUUCCCGCUCUCGGACACCCACCAGUCCUCUGGAGGAACUAACCAGCCUCUUCACCUCAGGACGAAGUCUCCUGAGGAAAUCCUCCAGUGGCAGAAGAUCUAAGGAACCUGCAGAAAAACCACUGGACGAGCUGAAGAUCAGAAGCCACAGCACUGAACCACUACCAAAGCUGGAAAACAAAGAGAGAGGACAUCAUGGGACAGCUUCCUCCAGGGAGCCAGGGAAAGCUCAGGAAUGGGAUGGAACACCAGGCCCCCCCAUGGUGUCCAGCAGGCUGGGGAGAUCCUCUGUCAGCCCAACCAUGCUGGCCGGAGGCAACAGCUCAGAGUCUAAAUCGAGUUGCCGGCUGGGCCGCUCCGCGUCCACGUCAGGAGUUCCUCCUCCGUCGGUGGCACCGCUCAGGCAGCCCGGCGACCUCCAGCCGAGCCAGGUGACAUGCAUGCAGUGGUUGCAAGGGGACCACACGAUGCUGGACAUGAUUGAAAAAAAGCGUUGCCUCUGCAAAGAGAUCAAAGCUCGACAGAAAUCAGAGAAAGGACUCUGCAAACAGGACAGCAUGCCUAUCUUGCCGAGUUGGAAAAAGAAUGCUGGGACCAAGAAAUACAGCCCUCCUCCUUAUUCCAAACAACAAACUGUUUUCUGGGACACUGCAAUUUGACAGGCCUGUGGAGGAUGCCCUCUCCACUGUGCAGCACCAAGCACAGGUAGCCUGCUUUCUUGAAAAGGCAAAGACUCUAACCUAAGACUUAUCUGCAGGUGGUGAACUUCCUAGGAAAAAACACACCAGUACAGUGCUCACCUGUCAAUCAAGAGAGAGAUUUAAGUUUCCGACUGGAUUAAGGCAUACAUAUUUAUCCAGGAUUUUUUUGGAUCCAGAAGAUAUCAAAAUGUAAAUAUGUCACCAAUAUAUUGAAAACACCCAAACUAAUACACUGUUUAAAUAUAUAAAUAUAUAUAUAUAUAAAUUCAAAAAUUUAUGGAGAAUUUUACUAUAUAAUGUUACUGUUAUACUGUUUUAUUACCUAUUUUCUAUGUUCUAUUCUACUGUUCACCCCCGCUGCCACCAUUUUAUUUCUCUGACCUGCCUAGAUGUGGCCUCUGUACAAAAGCAUGUGGUUGUACGUGUUGUUGGAGAGGACAAUGUACAAAACAACUCGGUGCUAGGGCUGUAGAAGAUAACUAGAGUCGUACUUGUUAGAUAUCCUUAGCUAGGGGGGUGGGAUGGACAAAGGAGAGAGUUCUGGUGGGAAACAGCACACCUGCAAGCACUGGAAGUACAAGUGCUUAGCGCGGGUGCCCAAGUUGCAUUUUAAAUAUUAAUUGUUCUGCAUCUGUUUUCCCAUAAUGGUAACCAGAUUAAUGGCCCUUGGUUUUAUAUGAACCAGUUACUAAAAUGAUUUGGCCAAGGAACUAAAUUUUCUGCAGCAUGGCCUGCAACAGAAUCUCUUCCUUGAAGACGUUCCAUUGAUCAGCAGAGACCAUGGUUCACUGUGACUAAGCAUUGUGCAGCCCUUGGUGGAGAGAGCCGGUGGCUCAGCGGGGUGAGGCAGUGCCACUGCAGCCGCCAUCCCUGUCCACAUUUACUGACGGUCCAGAAAAUAAAAGUGACAAAAUAUGUUUACAUGAUUGUUAUUUUUAAAUCCAGCAGCACAUCCUCACUUACGCUGUGUCAGAUUUCCCCGUGUUGUUUCUGUGGGCUGGAUUUCAGACCCCUUGAAAGGCUGUGGGGAAAUCCCUCUUGGUUUCAUGCCGUUUUGAAGCAGAAGCCCACGUAACGUGUUCUCCCAGCUAUGCCGUUUCUUCUUCCUGGCUGCUUCUGGAAUUGGCUUGCAAUCCUGUAUUAUAUUACACCCAUUUUAACAGAAUAUUAUGUCAUGACCAAAGAUUUAUGACCUCCUGGUUUUAAUGGGAGAAAGGGAUGGCUCAUACUGAUUAUGAGGGUGAAAGCUGUGCGGUGAAAUAUCUUCCAAAAGGAUCUGUUGAGGACGAGGGAAAAUUGUACUGCAGUGGAGUAGGGGGGAGAAAAGAUCUAUGGCAUAUAUUUUGUAUAUUAAAAUUUCUAUCUAUGUGUCUGAAGUUUGGUAGUACAAAAUUCCCUCUUUAAAACAAUCAUUUUAAUGUUAUAUUCACCAAGAAGAAAAGGUGUGUUGUUUGAAAUUUCUUGUUAUAUUGGCUUUUCUUUAAAAUUAUAUUGACAGCAUUGCCACAGCUGUAAUUGCUGAUCAAAAAAGACCAAAAAUAACAAAUUUUAGAAGGUUUUUGUAAUCUAUAUUGCAAAAGUUUGAGUUUCAGUAAUGUUUUAUCAGUAGUAGUUUCUUUUCAGCCUCUGAAAUAAAGUUUUUAAAUAUUUUAUAACUAAUUAACUGAUGUAUAUUUUGAUGUCCAAACUGAGAUUUCUGUAAAAGAUGAAGUGUGUGUUUAUAUGUGUGUAUGUAUAUUAGCAUUACUGUAUAUGUAUAUAUGCAUAUGUGUACACACAUAUACAUGUAUAUAUGCAUGUAUCUAUAUAUACCCAUAGAUGUGUGCAUACGUAUAUCCGCAUACGUUAAAUAUUGGUGUGUUAGGAAUAUACAAAGGCUGGAAUAGGUACAGAGUUGAAAUGCAGAUUUGAAGACCCCCUCACAGCCAAAAUGACAGAAGACAUGAAAAAACCGGGAGGCUGUGAGGGAAUCUUUGAACAUGCUGCAUCCAAAAGACACCAACUGUUUAUUCUGCUUAUUCUCUCUUUUUAACGAAAGAAAAUUGCAGAAGAAAAAGUCCAGAGAUCUCACAAAGUUCCAGAAUCUGCUGGAAAGAAGGAGACUUGUUGGUCAUGAGAAAUCUGUUGAGAUAACAGGUUCAUUAUGCAGCAAGUGUUCAUGGUUUGUCUUCCUUGUAAUGUGGCAAGAGAAGAAUUUCCCAUAUCCAUGUGUGAAAUACUUAGCUCAGCCCUUUUCCCCAGCUGCACAAAGUCACUGGUGACAAAAUGCAAGCAGGCGUUCAGUCAGCUCUGCCAGUCCUUGUCCUCACUGGUUUCCUCCUAGAGCAGCUCCUUUAAAGCUGCGCUGCCAGAAGGUCACUGGCAGCGCAGACCCGGGCACACCUGCCAGGGGAAGGCAGUGCCAGUGUGAACGGUUCUGUCCUUGCUGGGCACACCUGCCGGGGGAAGGCAGUGCCAGUGUGAACGGUUCUGUCCUUGCUGGGCACACCUGUGGGGGAAGGCAGUGCCAGUGUGAACGGUUCUGUCCUUGCUGGUGGUUGUUCAUAUCGUGUCCUUUCCAUAUCAAGAUGUAAUAGGAAUAAUGAUCAGGGAAUUGAAGCGUUCUUGUCCUAGAACAGACUUGCUUGUACACUUAGCCCACUGCAAACUCCUUGUUUUGCUUUUAUUGCUCAACACUAUUUAUGUUGUCCUUCCUAAAUAACUGCCCACGUGCUUCCAGACCUCCAUUGUAUCCCAUGGAAACAAUGGCUUUUUGUUUUAAAGUGCGACAACAUGAAAAAGUAAAAUAUAACUUAGCACUUACCUUCAAAGCACUUUAGAAAUGUGAAGUAAACCUCAUGCUUGCAAGAGCCGUUUUACUGAGGAGGGAUGUGAGGCUCAGGCAGAGUAGUUUCCAAGGGUCAGGGACAGAGCCAGAGCAGGACACAGCCACUGCCCUGUCCCAUGACUGCUGGCCCACUCCAUGGCUCGAGUAAAAGACACAUCGUCCUGCCGAGAGCUGCCAUCACAAUGCUGUCACACAUUUCCUACACCACUUCUUGUCUCAGCAGCUUCUGUGUCACAGGGUGAAUGACAGUGCUUAGUUACACACGGUCAUUAAAGCUGUAGUCUGUAUAAAUAUGCAAUCUGUAUAUACAUACAGAUCACAUAUAUACACACACUUAUGGAGACUGUAUAUAUGAAAUUGUUUGGUAUGCACUUAUUUUGCUUUAAACUCCUGAAGUUAAACAUUAUAGUGUAGCAAUUUGUGUAAGGUGCACUGUGAUUUCAAGAAAGCACAGUAAAGUCACAGGUCUUGUUAUUCUUGCACUAAAAAUGUGUUUACGUAUAUUAGCCAAUGUAUGUCUACUUUAUUGCUCCUUUUGACAAAUUAAAGCAAAUGGUAUAAAAUAGUAUGGGGUUUUUUGGUUUGGGUUGUUUAUUUUUAAGUGGACAAUGGCACUAUGUUUUUAAAUGACAGGGUUUUUAAAUAAAAUGAAAUAAUUCUGUGUUCAUUCCAAUGUAAUACAUUUACCAAUAUCUUGAAACUGAAUGUCAUGUUGCUUUUUUUUAUAUUUCAUUAGAAAUUGUCAGGUAUGUGCCUGAGAUUGUGUAGGACUAAGGAGUAGCUAGAGGCUAACUGUAAUCAUAUCUUAUUAGCCGUUUCUAUAUACACAGUAUAAAUACAUAUUAAUUUUCUUUUCAUUUUUGUACUUGAUUUUUUUAGGUAAGAUGUAAUUAAAUGUACUUUGAUACUUCUGAAGUAAUAAGAUGUUGUUUGAAGAUCAAUUCUGCUUUCUUUAGUGCAUUGACAAUAUUUUACAAUAAUUUAGUGCUUAUUUAUUUGUGCUCCAGUGUAAUUAUAAUAAAAAGCAAUAGUUUAAAA